AUGCAACAAUUAAGGCAUUUGGGAGAGAAGUAUAAUUACUCGGUUUUUCAUAACGAAGAUGAUGAUCGCCAAAUAAAGAAUCUCAUAUUGGAUCAUCCCGAGUUUAUACGGUUGGCUCGGUGCUCCAAUCAAGUACUUUUAAUGGAUUGCACGUACAAGACCAACAAGUAUGAGAUGUCGGUAUUGAACAUUGUUGGACAAACUUCCACCAACUCUCCAUUUAGUGUCGCGUUUUUCUUCUUGGAAAAUGAGCUUGAAGAGAGUUAUGUGUGGGCACUAGAACAAGUGAAGUUAUUCUACGUGGAAGGAUAUACUCCAAAAGUCAUUGUCACCGACAAGGAACAAGCAUUAUUGAACGCAAUAGCGAGGGUUUUCCCGGAUGCUCAUCACCUUCUUUGCACAUUCCACCUAUGGAAUAAAAUUGAAACUAAAUGUAAUACCAUAAUUCGUCCAACAAAGAAAAGUGAAAUGGCGAGAAUAAAGACACUACCGGUAGAUCAACAAGAACAAGCCAAAGAAAAAUUCAAGAAGGAUGACAAGUUGGCGGAACUAAGAUGGGCUAGUUUCCAAGAUGAUUGGGAUGCCAUGGCAGACUCUCUCACCGUGGAAGAUUAUGAAGAAAGAUCAUGUAUGUUAUUGGAUAGUUUGAGAAUCCAAGUAUGGUGA